AUGACCCACAGAAAAACAUCAGAGCCGACACAGAUACGGGAGUCCCCUGUAGAGUCCCAGGUCAAGCAGCCCCUACCAGAACAGCCUCCAAAAGAGUCCCUGCCUGAGGACUCUGGCCUCAAGGCAGUUUCUGGCAUGCACACACUCUAUGUGGGCCACCUGAACCCCCAGUUCUCAGUGCCCGUACUUGCCUGCCUGCUGCGUGAUACCCUGGAGCAGCUGGAGCUGCCAGUGGCACGGGAACACAUUGAGGUGGUGAGGCGGCCCCGGAACACAUAUGCAUUGGUGCAGGUGGCCACCUCCAAGGCCAGCCUGGCCUCCCUCCCCUGGCGCCUACAGAUGGCCCUGGAGGAGCAGCUGAUCCUCAAAGAGCUCACCGCUCGUGGCAAGGAGUUGGUGAUGAGCGAGGGCUGGGACCCCUUAAACCACAGGGAGCAGGCCAGUGGCCCAAGCCCAAGCCACAGCCCUGGUCCCAGCCCUGGUCGUAACCCAGGCUUCAGCCUCCCACUACCAGCCCAGCCUGCAAUCUCCUCGCCUAGUUGGUACCAUGCUGGGCAGCGGCAAAUCACCCAGAACCGGCCGAGUGGUGCACGCUCUGACAGCGCCAUUGCACACCAGGAGAUCCUGGGCCAGGAGCAGCUCUUCCAGGGUGCCUUCCUGGGCAGUGAGACACGAAACAUGGAGUUCAAGCGGGGCAGUGGUGAGUACCUGAACCUGGCCUUCAAGCACCAUGUGCGGCGCUACGUGUGCGCCUUCCUCAACAGUGAGGGUGGCAGCCUGCUCGUGGGUGUGGAGGACAGCGGCCUGGUGCAGGGCAUUCGCUGUGGUCAUCGUGAAGAGGACCGCGCCCGCCUGCUGGUGGACUCUAUUCUGCAGGGCUUCAAGCCCCAGGUCUUUCCUGACGCCUACACCCUCACCUUCAUCCCUGUCAUCAGCACCUCCACCACCAGUGUGCCCCUCAAGGUACUCCGCCUGACUGUGCAUUCCAAAGUCCAGGGCGAGCCACAGCUCUAUGAGACAGACCAGGGAGAAGUGUUCCUGAGACGUGAUGGGAGCAUCCAAGGCCCACUGUCUGUCGGCGCCAUCCAGGACUGGUGCAGGCAGAAGUGGACAACAGAGCUGGGCAAGCUGGAGGAGAAGGUGAAGGUGCUGACGGGCGAGAAGGAGCAGCUCCAGCUGCAGCUGCGGCAGCACCGGUCCAGGCUGUGCGGCUGCUGCGUCCUGUGA